AUGGAGAUGCCCAAGAUGCUACUAUCGCCAAGUUCAUUCAAAAUGAACUUGGGGCGCCAGGAGGGCGAGAAAGUAGCCUUGCUUCACCAACAAGGUUCUCAACAAGCAGAGUUGUUGAGAGAACAGGGUGCUCAACAGUUUGAACUGUUGAGACAGCAGCAGGCUGCUGCUGGUGGGUCGAUGCACUCGCGUCGACCCGAGACUCCUGAAGAUUGA